AUGGCAAGCAGGGGUCCCACCACCACGUCGUUCUACGAUGAAGCAACCUGUCCCAUCUGCAUGGAGUAUUUCAAAGACCCAGUGACUGUAGACUGCGGGCACAACUUCUGCCAAGCCUGUAUCACCCGACAUUUGGGAGAGUCCAACGCAGACCCUUCCUGCCCGCAGUGCAGAGAAAAGCUUGAGCCAAAUAACUUCAGCCCAAACCGGCAACUGGCAAACCUUACCGUGCUUGUCAAGAAAGUUCAGGAGGGAAGAGAAGCCGAGGGAAAGGGUGGGGUAUGCAAGGGGCACAGGGAACCCCUGAAACUCUUCUGCAUGGAUGACCAAGUCCCCAUCUGCAUGGUGUGCACCAGGUCCAACUUGCACAGAGGCCACAGCGUGUUUCCCGCUGAAGAGGCUGCUCACCAGUAUAAGGAGAGAAUUGGUGUCCGUGUGAAGUCUUUGAAGCAAGAGAGGAAAGGGCUUCUGGACCGGAAAUUAGCUAAAGAGGAGAAAAGGCAGAAAUGUCUGGAGCAGUUAGAAACAGAGAAGCAGAAUAUCACGUCCGCCUUUGAGAAAAUGCACGAGUUCCUCGUUCAGAAACAGCACCUCUGGCUAGACCAGUUGGAAGACCUGACCAAAGAGCUGGAGAGGAAGCAGGAAGAAAACCUCGCCAGAGUCUCCAAGGAGAUUUCCCGGCUCAAUGUGCUAAUCACGGAGAUGGGAGGGAAGUGCCAGCAGCCCCCAAGUGAAUUCUUGCAGGACGUUAGCCAUGCAAUCAGUAGGUGUGAAGAGAAUUUAGUAGAGCCUGUGGUGGACCUUCAUUCCUGUUUGGAACCCCAUUUCAGAAUCGCCGUUCAGAAAAGCAUUGCUUUAAAGGAGGCCAUGGAGGAUUACAAAGAUUCCCUGGAGCGAGCUAUGGAUGCAAGCAACUUGGAGCAAGCUGUGAACACAGUGAAUGUCGUUCUGGAUCAAAACACAGCACACCCCUAUCUCAUUCUCUCUCCGGACCUGAAGAGUGUGCAAUGGGAACCGUUGUGGAAGGAGAGGGAAUGGAGGAAGAAGAACGUUUCCCAACAUUCGGCCAGAUUUGACUGGGAGGUCUGUGUGCUCGGCCGCGAGAGGUUCAUUUCGGGGACGCAAUGGUGGACGGUGGAGGUGUUGGGAGAAGGCAGCUGGACCCUGGGGGUGGCGAGAGACUCGGUCGCGAGGAAAGGAAGCUUCAACGUCAGCCCUGACGAGGGCUUCUGGGCUCUGAGGAAGCCGUUUCGCGACACGUUCCUGCCUCGCGAAGUCUUGGCCCUAACUUUCCCCAAAACGACACCGUUGAUGUUGACAAAGGAGCCCAAGAAGAUUCUGGUGGCCCUGGACUAUCCAUUAGGCUGGGUGGGCUUCUUUGACGCCGAGACCGACGAAUUCAUCUUUGCUUUCCACUCGGGGUCAUUUGCUGGGGAGAGUAUCAGGCCCUUUUUCCAGCUGCGGGAGAGAGGAUUCGCUCUGAAGUGCUGA